UUCGUUCACACUGUUCCAAUAACUUAAAGGGUGUAAAAUGUAUUAAUGAAAGUCUUAGUGGUUUGUUUCUGUUAGGAGAUUAACGUCAAUGAAUUGGUUUGGUUUUGGUUUUAAUGGCUUUGGACAAAUAGACCCCCAGAGAAAAGAUGAAAAGAAAGGCAUGACAGUGCUCAGUCCUGUGGAGCUGGACUCUUUGUGUACUUGUGCUGAGACUUUUAGUAAAACAGGUUUAAGUCCAAAACAAAAAAUUGUUGCAUGUUGGAGCCGAAGUGCUGCCCUCCUCAUAACAGGUGAGCACCAGUGUGUGUGUGUACAUGGAGCUGACAGCAGUGGUUUGGUGUCAGAGAGUGAAGGAUGUCAGGAUGUGCUGAUCACUGAGAGCUGUUUAACCCUCAGAUUUACUCACACUGUCCAGUGCUGGAGUUUACACAGAAAUGGAACAGCACUUGUUUGGAGUGAAGAACUAAACACAGCUGAAAAGACUGAGAAUGCUCUUCCGUUACCGCUGGUCCCAGGGGGAUAUAUAGCCUCCAAGCCUCCAUUUUUUCGCCCCCUACCUAUCCAACUGCGGUCAGUGAGCCUGGCACUGGGCACCGAGCACGCUGUUCUACUCACAGCCUCUGGGACUGUGUAUACCUGGGGACAUGGCAGUCAUGGUCAGUUGGGUCAUGGCACUCUGGUGUCAGAGGAUGAGCCUCGAGCAGUAGAGGCUCUGUGGGGAGUCCCGAUGAAAUCUGUUGCUGCAGGCGGCUGGCAUUCAGCAUGCAUCAGUGCUGGAGGAGAUCUGUACGUAUGGGGCUGGAAUGAGAGCGGACAAAUUGGCCUGCCGUCAAAAGGCCUCAGAGAAGAGCGUCAGAGUGGGGAAGAAAGAAUUGGUGAGUCAGGCCAAAACUGUUCUCCAGGCACACAAACAUCUCUCUCCCCCGCUCUACCUCUGCCAGUGUGUGUGUUUUUCUUUUUGAUGUGUGCAUGUUUCUCUAUAGAGCAAGACAAACUGAAGGGGAGAAAAAAGGAAAAUGAGGGCACCGCUGAUGUGUUUAUCUCAAUUCAAGCGUUCCCUGCCCUGGUUGAUGUAUCAGAAGCAACUGAAAUUAAGAAGGUCAGCUGUGGAUCCCGCCACACAGCAGCCAUCACCAGCACUGGCGAUCUCUUCACCUGGGGAUGGGGUCUCUAUGGCCAGUUGGGUCAUGGUUCAAGAUGCAGUUCAGAUGAACCAAAGAUUGUGGAGUUUUUCUCCAAUGGUAAAAUGAGUGUGGAAGAUGUUAUCUGUGGAUUAUGGAACACAUUUGUGGCAGCAGUUCCAAAGGAGCGUGUCCCAUCAUAAAUAUAGAUAAAUACUGUAUCUCUUCCCUAAGGACUUUUCACUUUUGUCUUAAAACUGAAUAAUAAAAAAGUUCACAAAAAGAAAAAGGAAAAAUACAAUCUUAUCAAAUAUACAAAUAUCUGUCUAAACAAACGUGAAAGUGAGUUUUAGACAUAAACGGAGAUAUUGAAAAUAUUUGCAACUACAAAAGCAGUUGAAAUAGAGAUACAGGAAACAACAACCACAAUUAUAAUUAACAUGUUAACAUAUUAGUAAUGUUGGCUGAAGAGCAAAGUGCGCACACGUUGAAAAUGAGCUGGACAUAAAAAUGUCUCUUGUUCUCAGUAGUCUUCACAACACAAUCUUGAAAGAACU